CGAGCCCGCGUGCAAGCUUGUCGCACGCCUUCUUGCGAACAGUAGACCACACAGCAGCGCUCCCUGACGGGGAGAGAAGAACGCGUGAUCCUCAAUUUCCUUUUUCGUGGCAGAGUUUUCGUUUGACUUCCACGAUCGUCGUAGCAACCUGCUCCGGAUACAUCGCUUCUGGCCUCACCGAAGUCCGCUGUCUUGUACCAUUGCACGAAUCGAGAAUCGCAGUGGUUCCUCGCUCGGCAGAUACAUAAAGAACGCUCCAAGCGGUAGAGACCCUAGACGCCGCUGAACCCGCCUGCACGCGUCUUCUGCCUUCGGUGCUAUUGCGAAACCGGGGGGCCGGAACACCGGUCUGUCUUCGGUGCCGUCUCGUACCAGAUCUCUGUUCUCGCGGCGUUUUUUUCACGAUUUUUGUCUAGUUUUGUUGCUGCUGCACGACUCCGAUCUUCUGUGGCUUCUUUAUAGGAAAGUCACGCUUCGUUUCGCGUGUAUCGCAUCGCGACACAGACGGUUACUUUCUCCAUUAGCGCCCUACGACGUGGCACGGAUGAACUAGCGUGAUUGAUUGUUUGGAAUACAGGCGGUGGGCAUUUUUUCGUAGUGUCGCCCUAAGCAGAAGAGCGACUUCGCGGACACAGGGGGAGGCCUCCCGUCUUGAACCGACAACCGAGGGUCGUUUCUCCGUAUGUUACCGCAAUUUCCUUAUUUGAUCGGAUCCUUUAUGUCUUCGUUGUCUCUCUGUUCCGUCGACUUCACUGGCACCGUCUCCCUGUAGCUUGCCUGCAUUCUAUCUUCUGGCUGUUGCUGCGCGUCUGCACCGGCGCCGUUGAGCUGCGGUGGCUUUUUCAAAAAGAACGUUUCCUAUGCCGGACAAAGGCGCCGGUACGCCACAGGUUGCAAAAAGGAAGAAGUGACUGAUGCCAGUGGCGUCUUCUUGCCGCCAGAGCAGCUGUACAUACACUCCGCCACAUUCCACCGAGGCUGUCUUUCCGCAGUUCCUCCGGGCAUUCCUCCUGCCGGUCGGUGGAUCUGCUUCCAAAGGCUCGUCCCUUUUCUUCGCUUUCCGCAUAUUUCGUCUCCUUUGCCCCUGUGUCACGUAUCACCACAAUGACUUUCCUUGGAGGUGUUCGUUGGGCAGACAUAAGCAGCGACACUCAGUCGCUGUCAGCGAUUCCCAGCACCCCAAAAGGAAGUUCUUCGUAUGGCCUUGGAGGUGGGUCUGCGGCAGCUACGGCGCUUCUUCUGCAGCACGAAGCGGCGGAGCACUCGUACCUCAAUCCGUCCUCGUGUGCGGCGGAGUUUGAAAACAGCAGUGCAGGCCUGAACCUUCAUUUCCGCAGCGCCGCGAACCUCGGAGGCGCCGAAGCAGACGCCGUCGUUCCGUCCCCGUCUUCGGCGGCGGCGGGCCUCGAGAGCGGAGACUGCGACGAAGGCGUGUGCGAAAGAUUUUGGGAUGGACACUCCGGCGGAGGCGCAAAGAAUGGCGGAUGCGGAUCCUCCACUCCGACGACGACUCCGGGUUUCAAAGGCCUGCUGGGGUCUUCGUGUUCCCACAGCGAGUACGGCGACGGCCGCAGCAGUUCCGUCUCUGCUUCCUGUGCGACGGCGGGCCUGGCCUCUUCCGGCUCUGCAGGACGACACAGCGACAAGCAUGGCUCGCCUGCAGGCUCCUCUGCCCUCGCAUCCACGGCGGGAGGGAAGGCGCGCAGCAGCCGCGGCCGCCCUACGCCGUCAGGGGCUUCUGGGGGUCGCCCGAGCUCGAAGGGUGGGUCUGGCCACCAGAGGCUUCCAACUGACGACCCCGACGCAUGCGGGAACUGGCGCCGAGACGCCCCCCUCCCUCGAGCCCCCGCCUUGACACCGGCGAAGCGGAACCGUCGGGCGUCUGGAGGCAGCUGCCGCGCCGCCACCCUGGGCCGGGACAGUGUGGCUGAGGAAGAAGACGACAAGCUCGGGCCGGCUGCAAGUGUGACUGGCGAAGGUGCGCUCGUGGGUAUUUUCCAAUCUCAUCAGCCACCCUCGAAGAAGAAGCGCUCGCUACACACCAACCUGCUGCAUGCGCAGGGCCGAGACAGACAGAAGGGCCUGGCGGGCGGAUCGGAAAACGUGCAGAGCGACGCCCCCGGGUCUCUGAAAGGUGCGGAGAAAGCAGGCGUCCAGGCCCCAGGAACUUCUCGCAGCCACCGCAACAGUGCCUCCGCAGUGGUGGGAAGCGCGGGAGCGACCUCUGGCGGGACGACUGGCACCUCCAGGCGAAAGAGCGGUGGCGGUCGCCGGUCUGUCGGGGGUUCGCGGGGCUCUGGCGGGCACCCUGCAGGCGCGAAUCUCUUGCUGCAGCACAUGGGCUCUAUUUCCGCGCCGUUCCUCCAGAUCCCCGGCUUCGUCUCGCCCAUGUUCCUCCCCACACUCGCUUCGCAGGUCCCCGGGACACCCGCCGUGGGCCCCGCGGCCCUGGGGCUAUCCUUCCUGCCGCACCCGAACGCGAAGGCCGUCGAGGCGGGAUGCGAGGCCGACGAAGAAGAGUGGGCGCGCAGGGAGUGUGCCCGUAUGAAGGACAUCGCGAUCGGGAAGGCGACUGAAGGCUACCGGAACUUCAUUCGCGCGGUUCCCAAGGACCAGCGCAGAGAAGGCGACCCCGCGACACCCGACCCGAAGCAGCGCUGCAGCAAGGCCCAGUUCCAGCGCGAAUACCAAGACUGGCGAAAGCAGCUCCACAGAUACGACUCGUGCGGCGUACGAGGCAUGUCGCCUGUGGAAUCGAAGGACGCAAACGCCGGCGAGGAGUCUCGCCGAGACGGUGAACAGGCCCAGAGCCGAGAGGCCGAUACCGGGAGAGUGGGGCUGGGAGCCGCGGCUGAGGCUCAGACCGCAGCCGAGGGCGAGGAGACAGACGAGUUCUCGGAAGAAAGAAACCCGAUCCUCGAAUUCAACAGGGAGUGCGAACUCGCCGGUCUGUGAGCCAGACUGGAACCCGUUACAAAUCGUGUCUGGAGUCGCACAAAGUUUCUGUGCACAGACCGCUCUCUACACGAAGGUGUGGACAGGCGUGUGUGUUCCAGGUGUUUGGAGAUACAAAGAGAUGUAGGUGUAUGUACACGCGUGGAUUAUUUGCGCGGGCGUUGAGAAGACGUGGCGCGGAAGAUCUGUCGAGCCUCGCCGUCUCCCAUGCCUCGCGAAAGGCAUGAGGGGGUCGUGUGAGGGAUUUGCUUCUUGGUGCUUCUCGCGCCGAGACAGCACAAUGAAGAUAAUGGUCGGUAGUGUUUCGCGGUCCUCAAAAUGUAGAGGUGCACAGACGAAACAGGGGUGUCGAGUGGUGUUCCUCGUUUUCUCGCUUGUCCAGCCUCGUUGUGGAGGCUCCGUUUUGGCGGCAGCCUUAUGGGUUCUCGAGGUGCGCGUCACGGCUAAGUGCGGUGUGUACACUCAAGUAUUUCUGUUCCUCUUUUUUCUUCAACCGCGGCCGUCAGAGUCCGUUGACAGGCUCCGGUCCGCUUCCAAACAAGCUAUUGACACUUACCCGUUGAUUCUCUGCACAAAGUGGAUAUGUACAAGGCAUCUCCAAUUCUAUAUAGAAAUGUAAAAUGCAUGUGUGCCUAUAUUGUGUGUGAAAGAUAUCUGUCGUCUGCACAGUGCAUGCGCUUAGGAUGUGCACGUGUGCAAGGGCGAACGCAUCAAUAUGUAUAUCUCUACACGCAGUCUUUGAAUGUCAGAUCGUCAAUGUUGCAGAUGUACGUAGUUGAUGGAGUUACCUGGGGGACGUAUUUGCUUUGACUGUACAUACGUCUCGGUUUAUGCUCGAGUCUUUGUUGACUCUCGGGAAAAUGCAUUUUGUCGGCUUAAGAACCACGGGGACUUUGCCCCAUAUCGCGUGUGUAGUUUCGUCCAUGUUGGUUGUUUUUCGGUGCUGGACAAAAGAAAGAGGCCCUUGUCUAUUCUAUGCUGUUCACUCGCCCUUCACCUCGCAUUUCGCCUGGAGAAUCACCGUUCACUUUCUCACCAAAUGCAGGAUGCUCGCAGCAAAUCAGCGUGUCCAAACGGCAGCGACGCGGUAGCAUACGUAGACACUCAUCGUGUCUGCAAGAGAUCAGUGAUUUACGGAUUGCUUCUCUAGGAAUGCACCGCUCUUGCGGUGGGGCACCCGGCCUUGAAACCACAGAAGUUGAAAUGUGCAUGCAGAAAGAAUGAAGGAAAUGUAUUCGCAUAUACGUAUAUGCGCGUACUUCCAUUCGGCUAUAUGUCAGCGUAUACACAGUUUCGUGCAGACGAAUCACAGAACGAUUUGGAAAACAAAAGCAUUCCUUGGGUUUGCGUUGUCAAAUGAGGAGAGUGUGCCGAUUGUCGCUUCGCAAUGUACUCGCCGAUGCCGUCUCGUAUCUGACUGUGUUGCGGGACCGCUGCCGCAGAUCCUCUCGUCACGCUGCCUACUUUACACAGUUAAGGCAAAACUGCAAAAACUGAUAGUUCAUCUGGAACAAACAAUCAGGAGAAUUCGUAUAGAGGCACAGGAAAGAAUGUACAAGUAUAUGUGUGAUGUGCAACGCCUUUGGCCGCAGCCGCUGAUGUGCGUAUGUUACGACUAGAUAAGUUCAUGGACAUCGGAACAGACACAUUUGCAUGUGUACACCUUAACGCAGAUGGCAACACAUCAACUGAAGGAUUCGUUGUGCGAAACCAUAACGGUAUAAUAUACAUGUGCAGGUGAAGAGAAAGGUAUUCAGUGGUGUGCGCUGCUCUGGGAUGCUGCGGAAGAUGCAAAUUACCGAUGGUCCCACUCAUUGGCUUUUCCCUCUUCUUGUUCUUUCUUCUACUGUCUUUUGUGCGGCCGAGUAAACUGUUGCUGCCUCAGGAGGAACUGGGAAAAUACGCCUCUUACGGUGUUGCGUUUGCUGCUACGUACAGUGCAUUCAGUAAAUAAAAUAUGGGCUUCAACCAGAGAGGUUUUGCGUGACUUCCGAAGCUACAAAAAGCCGAUGAAAUUCGAUCCUCCAGAUCCUUGUUUCUGAGUCUCAUAUGAGGUCGCGGUUCGUUUUGGAUUCGGAGCAACGCGCGCGAAGACAGAUUUGUCCCUUAGUCGAAUUCUGAUGUUUCCCAUUCGCCCCCAGAAAGGAGAGAACGGAGAGGCGGCAGCCAAUUGUUUAGUCGCCAUUGUUUUGAUUUUUUCGUUUAGAAACGGCUCUUUUUUGACUCACAGGGAACAGUACCCUGUGUUGUUAAUCCUCUAGGGGAGAAGUUUACUUCAGUCGCACAAAUCACAUCGUCUGUUACAUCAUACCGGGCAGCAACUUGAACAGUUCUGUGACUGUUCAACACAGAUUCGCUUUUUUUGACCCUUG